UGGAUGAACCCUGUGAGGAAGUUCCGGAGGCGCCCUCUGUGGCAGAUGAGAACCUUCCCCCUCCCUCUAGACGUGUUAGGAAGAAACCUAGCUGGCUAGAUGGGUAUGUACUGUACUGAUUUUCACCUUUGUAUAGUUGUUCUCUUUGCUUCCAGGAGUGCAAGGCCCGUGUGAAGGUCUACCAGGGGGGUGAGGAGGUGUGGCCAAUGAGACCAUGUGGGGCCCUUCUCCAUUCUUGGGCAGAGCUACAGGCCCACUACUCAGAGUACCAUGAAGAGCAGCAAUGCGCAGAGCCAGCCUGUGGUUUCCUUGCGCGUGGCCAGGCAGAACACAAUCUCCAUGCCCGUCGCCAUCGUCAGGGACUUUUGGUGCCCACCAACCAAUCAGAGGCUUCGGCUGCCCCCAGGCGCCAAUCCAGCAGGUCACGCCCCCGGGCGCAGGGCCGCCAAUCCAGCCAGUCACGAACCAGGGAAGAGCGCUGGACCUCAGUUUCGCACACCACAUCUAGGCGUGACCGAGUAGCCUCACCACAGGCAUCAGCCGCCCCUUCUAGGAGCGUUACUUGGGCCCAAGAGCGCCCAUCUCAGAGGGCCGACACACCACCAGCCCACUCCAGGGGCCGGGUUGACCAUCGUCUUGGACAGGUGGCGCCUAACCGCAGGCGCCGGGGUAACAGGGCGGGGCGCGCUGUGCAAGAGAAGCGCGCCCGUUCGCAGGCAGCCGCCCAGAGGGCUGAAGAGGCUACUAGGGCCGGGUCUAGGCCCAGGGACAAAUACAUACCCGCUGGGGCUGAAGGGAACCAACAGCAGGCCCCGCAAAGAAGUAACUUAAGAGGGCGCCCUGAGAAAUUAUACCCUCCUUCAUCUGCCGCCCCUGAACAACAGCGGGGCCGCAGCAGGACACGGUCUACUGAGAGUGUGCCCCCCCGUCGGGAGCCUUCAGUCACAUUUGCAGCCCGGGAUUAUCGCCUGGGGCUGUCCAGGGAGUCUGCUCCUGUUGCCAGGACAACUGCCCCAACUCUCCCUACACCACCAGUGUUUGGACGGGGUCGCACUACACCAUCCCCGUUGGGGCGAGGCCAGGCUCUUCUGAGAGUGGUGGCCCAAGUACAAGAUGACAGCUCUUCGGGCCGGCGAGUUUUCCGGGAGGUACCGGCGGCCGCUGCAGGGAGCGCCACCCAGGCGGCUAGUGAUAGCGCCACCCAGGCUGCUAAGGAUAGCGCCCAACAGGAAACCCCACAGGGAGAGACGCCACCCCCUUUACAGGUGGAACUCCCCACUGAAGAGGAGGAUCACCCUCAGAUCCAUGUGGAGGAGAUGCCAGAAGAUUUCCUGGAUGCAGACCUCUAGGGCUUCCAGUGAUAGAGACAUUUACCAGUUCUAGUGACAUUCAGCAUUUUAA